GUGCGCCACAAAUCUGUCAAAAUUGGUUCAGUUUUUUUUUUUAUCAAACAAAAUUAAAAUUUUGUAUUUUUAUUCAAAAAACCUAAACAUUUAAAUUAAAAUAAAUCACAAAAUAUGUCAACAGAUGCAGAAAAAACUUCACGAAUGCCUUGGGUUGAAAAAUAUCGCCCGGCAAAACUCGACGAUCUCAUAUCACACGAUGAAAUUAUUUCAACAAUAAAUAGAUUCAUCGAAAAGAAACAACUUCCCCAUUUGCUCUUCUAUGGGCCUCCGGGAACAGGUAAAACUAGUACAAUUUUGGCAUGUGCCAAACAACUCUACACACCGGCACAAUUCAAAUCAAUGGUCUUGGAAUUGAAUGCCUCCGAUGAUCGUGGUAUCAACAUAGUUCGAGGACAAAUUCUUAAUUUUGCCUCGACUAGAACUAUUUUUAGUGGAACAUUCAAAUUGAUUAUAUUGGAUGAAGCCGAUGCAAUGACAAAUGAUGCACAAAAUGCUUUAAGAAGGAUCAUUGAAAAGUACACAGAAAAUGUUCGUUUCUGUGUCAUUUGUAAUUAUUUGAGUAAAAUCAUUCCUGCUGUUCAAUCGAGAUGCACUCGAUUCCGGUUUGCUCCUUUAUCUCCUGAACAGAUUCUACCUCGUUUAGAUAAGAUCAUUGAGUCGGAAAGACUGACAGUUACUGCAGAUGGCAAACAAGCCUUGAUGGUCCUUUCUAAGGGUGAUAUGCGAAAAGUACUCAACGUUUUGCAAAGUACUUCGAUGGCAUUUAAUAUUGUCAAUGAGGACAAUGUCUACACUUGUGUUGGCCACCCAUUGCGAAAGGAUAUCGAAAGAGUGCUGGAAACUCUAAUGUCCACUGAGAGUUUUGAAAAGGCGUAUGAUGAAAUUCAAAAAGUUAAAAAUGCAAAAGGUCUAGCUUUGGAGGAUAUUUUAACUGAACUUCAUUUAUUUGUUAUGAGAAUUGAGCUACCAAUGAGUGUUAUGAAUAAAAUUAUUAUAAAAAUGGCUGAUAUUGAAGAAAGACUAGCCAAGGGAUGUACAGAAGGAACACAAACCACAGCUUUGAUUGCAGCAUUUUUCAUUUGUCGUGAUAUGGUUACAUUAGAAUCUUAAGAUCGAUUGAUUUUGUAAAUCAGAUGUUGUUAUAAACUUCAAUCAAAUCCAAUAUAGUUCGUAAGUGUGCUUGUUUCAAUAAAACAAAAAAAAAGAAGUUA